AUGGACAAGCUACCCACCACAAUAACGCAGAUAUUGGCGCCAAUCGCUGACAAUACACCACUAGACCAGUUAGCAAACUCCGCCGACCGUAUCGCAACAAAACUGGACCAAGGAAUGUGUGCCGUGCAGCGCCCAGACGACACACCAGCCAAAGACACAGAUCUGGAAAAGGCAGUAGCUGACCUGCAACAUCAGCUGCAGGAUAUACGAAUGCUCCUUUCCCGCAAAUCAAGAGGCCCGAGGCCGGCGGUUGGCGACAGAGAGUACAGAGUACCAGCAGGGAUCGACGAGUCGACCCGGAAUUAUGAUGGUACCACCACAGAUUCGGCACCAGGGCAAGACAUUGCUCGGCAACCUGCAAAUACAGCUCCAAAACUAAAUCGGAAAACUAAACUGCCGGCGGGUAGUAGCAUCAGAACCCCCCGCGGAGCUCGUGUUUGGCAUGCCUCUCUCCUUACCAGGACAAUAUUUCCACCUUCCGCAGUACUCUUUCCACCUUCCGCAGUACAACCUCACCAAGUUCUUUCGUGCAAGAUCUGCGCCACAAAAUGGCCAAACUUACAUACACUCCCCCACGACAACAAACCACAAGCUCCUACUUACCACAGAAAUUGGAUACCUGCGAUUUUGUUUUUGUUAGAACCUCUCACACCUAGCUACCAAGGUCCCUUUAAAGUUCUGAAGCGUUCUAAUAAAUUUGUCACGAUCAUGCGCGGCAAAGACAAAGAUACAGUCUCCACCGACCGACUUAAACCAGAUUGGUUAGAGGAAACUUCUCCCGACCCAGACUUCUUAAACGCUGUCGCGCUCUUUACAAAAGGGCAGACAUCCGGGGAUCGCUGUUCCAUCUGCCUACCUCCGAGCUGUCGCCUUGAACCUGACAACGCCCCUUCAACUGACACUCUCUAA